UUAAUGUGCGUGUGGUUGACCAGGACCCCCCUGCUUACGUGCGUUUAAUCGCGCUCGAUCGCUUUAUUCGUUUAAAACCCUGCGCUUCGCAGACGUGCGCGGUUUUGCACGGCGCGCGAAACGAAAUGCCUCAGCAAGAACAAAGACAAUGCAACUCUCCGGUGGGGCUCCGACAACAAGUCGGGUUUGCGUGCUGUUCGCCAGCCGAGCCGAGCUGCAUCGACCAAUGCAAUCCGAUGCAACUCAUCCAUCCAUCCGCACGUGCGCACGCUCGCCGCUUCUGAGAUUCCCCUCGCGGCUGCUUUACUUGCUCACUUCCGUCCGUCCAUCCGUCGUUGAGAGAUCAAUUUAUUGCAAGCAAAUAGGCGCUGGAUGUUCUAAAGCAUCGAUGCAUUGGGGAAACUGAGACCCAUGGCAAAGUGGUUUAGAGAUCACCUAAGUUUUGGCAGCAGGAAAGGACCGCCGCAGCCCCCGAAACCGGAUUACACCGAAAGCGAAAUCCUACGGGCCUACAGGGCUCAGAAAGACCUGGACUUUGAGGACCCUUACGAACCCCCCGAGAACCGGGCGGUGAACGGCUCGGGUUCGGUGGAAGCGUUCCCCGCGUUCGGCGCGGUGCUGUCCAACGGCAUGGAGGUGAAGAUCGUCUCUCCCAAACACAGGCUGAUAAAAGUGGAAUCUCAGGAAUUCGGGCGUAGCAAAAUACCACUGAACAUCGUGACCUUUGAGGAACCGCAGGCCCCUGUGGUUCCCUCGGCUCCUGCGGUCGGGGAGACCGAUUACUCGGACCCGUUUGACGCCAGGCCGGAUCCGCGGCCCCGACCCGGCUGGGAGCAGAACGCCGUAGAAGCCUGCAGCAGCUACAUGGAGCCGUUUGAGGCCCAGCGGUUCAUAAGCGAGCUCCAGCACAGCACAGAUCGGGGCAGGAGCAGCCCGCAGCUCUACGACAGCCCGUACGAGGAGAGAGUUCGGCCCCGGGCGGGCCCCGUGGAGGACGAGAGAGAGAGCCGUCUGCCCCAGGACGACGAGAGGCCCGCGGAUGAGUACGACCAGCCCUGGGAGUGGAAGAAAGAGAACAUCUCCAAAGCCUUCGCCGUAACUUUUGAAGCCAGAGAGUGGGAUCAGUGCACACUGCCCCGCGACGAGGCACAGAGGAAGUCAGGAGCGUCCAGAAUCAGCCCUUCGUCCAGCAGAGCCACCAGCCUGCACAAACCCAGCAACUCGCAUGGCAUUCUGGGAGAGAGAGUGGAUCCCAUGCUGCCUCUGGAGAAACAAGUGUGGUACCACGGUGCUCUGACUCGCUCGGAAGCCGAAUCCCUGCUGACGCUGUGCAAAGAGUGCAGUUACCUGGUGAGGAAAAGCCAGACGAGCAGAAACGACUACUCGCUGUCUCUCAGGAGCUGUCACGGGUUCAUGCACAUGAAGUUCUCGCAGUCUCGUGAUGGGAAGUUCAUCCUGGGAGAGAACAGUCCUCCGUUUGACUCCAUCCCUGAAGUCAUUCACUUCUACACCACGAACAAACUGCCCAUCCGCGGAGCCGAACACCUGUCUCUGCUGUUCCCGGUGCUGGUGCAGACGCUCUGAGAGCACACACACACACACACGCACGCACGCACUCUUAUCACGCGCUCGCACACAGACACACUCAGGGCUUCGCUCAGACGGCUACCACAGUGUUCGUUUUCAAUCACACAUCGCAGGCUCUUGUAGAGUUUGAUUUGUGUUUGGAGUGGGAAUUUGAUUUUUCAGGCGUGUGAUCGGAUUCAUCCCUGGUGCGAAAGAAAACGCAGCCGGCCUGUACUGACACUGUCUCGAUGUGCUACACGCGUGUGAAGAACAUUUUCCGCACCACUGGACUCUAAAGUGUCUUCGCGUCACACUGGGAACUGCAACGUUAUUACUUUCUCCGCUCCGAACUCUUCAAAUGAUAGAUUUAGCAUUUGAGGAUACAAUGUAGCCCGACCAAAGUAUUUAUAAAGAUUUUGCUGAAUACUAAAAAGCAGUUCAAAUCCCAUCCUCUGUAGGGUUUCUUGAUUUUUAAAAGUGAAAUGAUUCACCUGAAAUGACUUGCUCGGUUCCGUGGGAUUCUGAACUUGACCUUCUUCUGUUGAACACAAAAGGAGAUAUUUUAAAUCUGCUUUUCCCGUGCAAUGAAAGUGGAUGUCGACUACGGCCGUUACACUCUAAAAAGGACAAAAUCGGCAUAAAUAAGUUCAUUUAUGCAUGAUAGUUUUGUUUAAAGGUAACGCUGCAUUUCUAAUUAUCCAAAAAUAUCAAUAAUCGCUAUGCUGUCUUUUUUUUUUUUUUUUUUUUUUUUUUCUGCAUAUUAAAAUCAGUGUGUGUUGAUGAAAUUCGAAACCAGGAUAGUGAUAAUUAAAAGUAUGAGAAAACUGACAGUUAAAAUUCACUAAUAAAGGUUGAAAUGACAGAAGAAAUUUAAAAAUGUCAUAAUUGUAAGUCAGAUUGCAAGUUGACUAACACACACAAAGUAAAUGUGAUGUAUAUAUUAAUGCACAUAAACGUUUUAGUUUUUAUAUCUCUGAAUUUUCAUUUGUGUUUUCACAUUUAAACUAAUGCAGGAGGAAAGACAGAAAUAACAAA